GGGCGGGGAGGGGCGGGCUCGGGCGCGGGUGGGGCGGCCGAGGCAGCCGGGGCCUGCGCUAGGGACGGCCGGCCGGCGCCCGGGACCUGGAGGGACCCUUGUGCGGGACAGCAUGUGACAUUGCCCAGGGUUCAGCCCCAAUGGAGGCUGAGGAGCCCCGACACGGGGGAGCAUCAGCUCCCACCCCUGACGCAGCGGAUUUCACCAUCACCCCUGGAGCUCUCAUGAGAACCGGCCAGACCCCCGCCCUGGGGCCCGACGCUCAGGAAGGCCAGGAGCCGUCCCGGAAGUGGGCAGAGGGGCACCGACUCGCGGAGACCCAGCAGGAGGAUGCAAGAGAUGUGACUGACUGCGGGACGCAUAGUGUGACCUGCUACCCCAAGGAAGGCCCCGCGGAUGUGGGAACCAGCCAGGAAAACCUUGCGGCUGAGGCCGGGGCCACUCCGGAGUGCCAGGAGGCAGUGCCCCAGAGCCCGGCAGCCAGCCAGCCAAGGACUGCAGCUCCCCUGGAGGGCCGGGCCGGCCCUGGCGGGGGGCAGCAUCUGCCCAAGGUCCCGGUACCCAGCGAACUGAGUGGCACGUUGGAGGAGGAGUCGACACCCGAGCUCCCCGCUUUGACGCUGGGGACUGGACACGCAGAGGCGGAUGAGGAGACUUCCCCACAUGGCCCUGCUCAGGCCGUGGGUCCGCCUUCCCGUGAAGAGCGCCCUGCAGAGAGCAGCCUGCUGCCGGGCUCCCGGGGUGGGACCGUCAGGCAGGGGAAGGAGCUGCAGGGGCCUGAGGGGCCAGAGGAGCAGGGACAAGAGCAGGUGGGGUGUCGAGAGGGGGAGCCUCUUCGGGAAGCUGUGUGCUCUGUCGGGCUUCCUGGGGAGCAGGAACAGGUGGGGGAGCAGGUGAAUGGUGUGGAGGGAAGACAGAGGCAAAAACAGGAGCAGAUGCAAGGUGACGCCAUGCCUUCGAAACAAGGGGAAAGGGAGGGGCUUAAGGCAGAAUCGGGGGGUCUGCACUGUGAUGAGUGGCCGGGGCGCACUCGGGGCCAGGAAGACCUAGAGGUGGGCGGACAGAGAAAGAGGGAGCUCAGGGGCCCAGAAGAGGGGAGGGUGGAUGCUCAGGGCCAGGAGGAUCAAAGCUCAGGGGGGAGAUCAGUGCAUGUACCUGGACGGCAAGGGCAUCGGGGUCUGCCAGGGGAGCUGAUGCUGGAGGAAGAGGAGGAGGAGGAAGGGGUGGAGGAGGAAGGUGAAGAGGAGGAGGAGGAGGAGUUGGAAGACUGGGAUGGGGCUGCGCUGUGGGGAGAGGAGGCAGAGAGGAGCACGGAAGAGGGAGAGGAGCCGGACGGGCCCCCCGCCCUGGCUCUGGCAGCCCCUGAGUCCUCUUCCCCCCCUGGUGACCCGCUUCCAGACGCCUGCCAAGCCACACCCAGGGUUCCCGGGACUCAGACAGAGCCUCCGGCUGAGCGACCGCCUCCCGUAGCUCUGACUCCUGCACUGGCGCCCAUGGGAUGUCCCCGUCAGCCCAUUUCUUCACGUAGCUCCUUUCCCACUGCGGGGUCACCUGGCCAAGAAGCAGCCGCUCAGGACAGCCAGCCAGAGGGAACCGAGCUGGGGCCCAGGGCAGCACCCAGCAGGGCCGCUGAGGUGGCCUCUGACAGCACGCCUGACACUCCUCCGAGGACACCCGACUCGGCGCCUGUCACGCCUGUGGCCAUCUCCCCCAGCACCGCUGCCUCCGCAUCCGCCAGCCCCCCCAUCGCCAUCCCCAGGAAGAAGGCCUCUUGUGCUUCGUGUUCUCCAGGAACUUCCAGAGCCUCCUCGAUUAGCAGCCCGUCGCCCAGCGGGGCUCCCCAGAUUCUCCCAGCCGCCCUCCUGGGCUCCCCGUCCGCAGGGGCCACGGUGGACCCGUGCGGCAGCUCCGACCGCGCCAGCCCCCAGAGCCCCCGGGCCAGCUUCCCAGGGGCCUUCCCGCACCUGAGGAGCAACUCCUUCCCGGGCUUCCAGAGGACCCAGCUGACCCCGGACCUGGAGGGAAUCUCCCUCUCCUUCUCGCACUCAGAGCUGCCCCAGAGGCCCCCCAAGCCUGCCAUCUUUGGCUCUGUGAUCUCGAGAAGGGACAGGAAGAGCAGUUGGCACUGCAGGGUUAUUCCAGAAAGCCCCAGUUCCUUGUCUGCUCUGGGGCAGGACCCGCGAGAAUUCACCUCCAGUCCAGACAGGCCCGGCAGUCCCCGCAGCCGCCAGCCGUGGGGCUCCCCCCAUGCCGCAGCCUUUGCCCCAGGGUCCCCUGCCUACGGCUCUUCGCCCCCUCUGGCCUUUGUAGGUGUGGGGCUCCACGAGCCCCCACCCCCAGCUCUCCCCGAGAAGCGGCACGUCCGCUCCCCCACGGUGGAGACAGACGGCCCCCGCGGUGGGGGGGUCCCCACACUGAGGCAGUGCAGCUGCUCUCCUCCGUCGGCCCCAAGUCCGGGGCCGCGUGUUCCCCGCAAAGGCCCACUGCCCGAAGUCCCUGACCCCCCUGUGGCAAGGCAGUACCGGCCGCUGCCCUCUACCCCAGACCAGGCCCCCCCGACUCAGACCUCUUUCUCCUCGAGGCCGAGAUACAACAAGCCAUUGCCCCCAACCCCUGACUCGUUCCAGUCCCGCCAUUCUCUCCCUUCUGAUAACAGCCCGAGGGUCUACCGGCCCCCUCGCCCUGCCCCCGUCGCAGAGCCUCUCUCCGAUCCACCCCCGCUGCCCCCGAAGUCCCGGGGCCGGACCAAGAGCGCCCAGGAAGCACUCAUGAAUUCAGGGGGCCAAGCCAAGCCGAGGCCCGUCGGUCAAGAGUGGACAGUCGCCGGCCCCCACGGUGCUGGACGGACCUCCUGGCCACCAGCCAUGGGCCGGUCGACAGACUCAUCAGCUCCCGCCAGCAGGAGUAAGAGGGAAGUGUCCCCCGGCAUGGCUUUCAGCAACGUGACGGGCCUUCUGAGUCCCUCUUCCCCAACCACGCCCUGGACCCUGGGGGUCCAGGGGCCCGCCUCUGAGCCGGGGCUCUCAGGAGGGGCAGAGGCCCCCACCAGAGGCUCUCUGAGAAGAGUGGCCCCUCAGGAAGGAACCAACGGCCUGAGGGGGUCGGAUCUAGGUCAAGUGAGGCAGCCUGAAAAAGCUGGCCACCCCCACCUGGAGAAGGCGUCCAGCUGGCCCCACAGGGGGGACCCGGGGAGACCGCCACAGGGCAGCGGCGGACAGACCGAGGCCUCUGCUGAGGCCUCGAAUAAGCCCAAGGUCUGGCAUCGGCAGGGCCUGCGCAGGCCGUCCAUCUUACCCGAGGGCGCUCCAGAUACAAGAGGCCCAGCCACGGAAAGGUCCUUCGGCUCUUCGGACACCAUCGUUUUUCGGGAGAAGAAGCCAAAGGAGAUGAUGGGAGGCUUCUCACGACGCUGCUCGAAGCUCAUCAACUCCUCCCAGCUGCUGUACCAGGAGUACAGCGAUGUGGUUCUGAACAAGGAGAUUCAGAGCCAGCAGCGGCUGGACGGCCUGGCAGAGGCCUCUGGGCUCGCCUCCCCACGGCAGCCCCGGAAGGUGCUGGCGGCCUCAGAGUCGUACCUGCAGCGCCUGUCCAUGGCCUCCAGGAGCUCCCUGUGGCAGGAGAUCCCUGUGGUGCGCAACAGCACCAUGCUGCUCUCCAUGACCCACGAGGACCAAAAGCUGCAAGAGGUCAAAUUUGAGCUGAUAGUGUCAGAGGCCUCGUACCUGCGCAGCCUGAACAUAGCUGUGGACCACUUCCAGCUCUCAAGGCCGCUCCGGGCCACCCUCAGCAACCAGGAGCACCAGUGGCUCUUCUCUCGGUUGCAGGACGUGCGUGACGUCAGCUCCACGUUCCUUUCAGACCUGGAGGAGAACUUGGAGAGCAACAUCUUCACCUUCCACGUGUGCGAUGUGGUCCUGAACCAUGCCUCCCACUUCCGCCGGGUCUACCUGCCUUAUGUCACCAACCAGACCUACCAGGAACGCACCUUCCAAAAUCUGCUGAACACGAACAGCAGUUUCCGAGAGGUCCUGGAGAAGCUGGAGAGCGACCCCGUCUGCCAGCGCCUGUCCCUCAAGUCCUUUCUGAUCCUGCCCUUCCAGCGCAUCACCCGCCUCAAACUGCUGCUCCAGAACAUUCUGAAGAGGACGCAGCCCGGCUCCCCAGAGGAAGCAGAGGCCACGAAGGCGCACCACGCCCUGGAGGAGCUGAUCCGAGACUGCAACAGCAACGUCCAGAGGAUGCGCCACACGGAGGAGCUCAUCUACCUGAGCCAGAGGAUUGAGUUCGAGUGCAAGAUAUUCCCGCUCAUUUCGCAGUCACGCUGGCUGGUGAAGAGCGGCGAGCUGACGGACCUGGAGUUCAGCGUCUCCCCGGGGCUGCGAAGGAAACCGAACACGCGGCCAGUGCACCUGCAUCUGUUCAAUGACUGUCUGCUGCUGUCCCGGCCCCGAGAGGGCAGCCGCUUCCUGGUGUUUGACCACGCGCCCUUCUCCGCCGUCCGGGGGGAGAAGUGUGAGAUGAAGCUGCACGGGCCUCACAAGAACCUCUUCCGACUCUUCCUGCUGCACAACACCCAGGGCACCCAGUCCGAGUUCCUCUUCAGCACGGAGACUCAAAGUGAAAAGCUCCGAUGGAUCUCGGCCUUGGCCAUGCCCGGAGAGGAGCUGGACCUUCUGGAGUGUUGUGACUCCCCGCAAGUGCAGUGCCUGCGAGCCUACAAACCCCGGGAGAACGACGAGCUGGCCCUGGAGAAGGCGGACGUGGUCAUGGUGACCCAGCAGAGCAACGAUGGCUGGCUGGAGGGCAUGAGGCUCUCCGACGGGGAGCGCGGCUGGUUUCCCGUGCAGCAGGUGGAGUUCAUCUCCAACCCGGAGGUCCGCGCACGGAACCUGAAGGAAGCCCACCGAGUCAAGACGGCCAAACUACAGCUGGUGGAACAGCAGACCUAGCUCUCCUCGGGAAGGACUCCUCCGAGUCUCGGGACGAGAUGUCUUUGGAGCGGGCUGGCCCCCACCGCCCUGCAGCAGACCCCUGCCUGCAGGGGUCUAGACCCUCUGAGAGCCCAAGCACGAAAUCCAGCUACCGGUCGCCGCUCCUGGACCUCCUUGCUUGUGCUUUGUGCUUGGUCGGGGAUCUUGAGGGGCUUUGCACUGGGCCCUGGGAACCUUUGCUCAUAGGAAAAGGGACCAAUGGGGCGUUCGCCAAAGAAUUCGACUGCUUGUACCAUACAGUACCCGACACUCUGCCUCCAGGCAGCAGGUUCAGAGCCGACCAGAGUGUCCUUUGUGGCCAUACGUUCAACAGGACCUGACCUCGGCCCACUGGAGGGCGAUGGUUAAGGGGGAUUAACACGUCGGGUGGGAGGGCCCACCUGGCAGCCCCUAAGGUACCUUCCAGCCCUAACGGUUUUCCGUAAUCAUCGCUCCGGGGUCAGCGCACGCCUCUGCGGGCUCUGCUGGUGGCAGCGUGAGGGCAGUACUCUCUCACUCUAAUAAACUUGGCACUACUCCGAGUGUUUGCUCCUCAGA